CGGAGCCGCCGCCAGGCCCGGCGCAGAUGGAGCCCCGCAGCCGCGGCGCCGCGCCCGGCGGCGUGUCGGUGUCGGCCGUGCUGCCGGCGGGCGGGAGCGGGGAGCGCCUGGGCGGUGCCACCCCCAAGCAGUUCUGCGCCGUGCAGGGGAGGCCGCUCGUCAGCUACGCGGUGCGGGCCAUGGAGAGGAUAAGUUGGAUAUCUGACAUUAUUGUGGUGGUCUCUCCUGAAAAUAUUGAAACAAUGAAGACUAUCAUUGAAAAAUAUGGCCACAAAAGAGUUACAGUAGUGGAAGGUGGAAUAACCCGUCACCGGUCAAUAUUCAAUGGACUGAAAGUGUUUGCAGAGAAUGAAUUUUCCAGCCAUUUGCUUCAGAAGCCAGAAGUAGUGAUUAUCCAUGAUGCUGUGAGGCCUUUUGUUGAAGAAGAUAUUGUUUCAAAAGUGGUUAUGGCUGCUAAAGAACAUGGGGCAGCAGGAGCAAUUCGUCCUUUAGUUUCUACUGUUAUUGCCUCUGCUGCUGAUGGCUGCUUGGACCACUCACUGGAACGUGCCAGGUACAGAGCAAGUGAAAUGCCUCAGGCUUUCUUGUUUGAUAUAAUCUAUGAAGCAUACCAACAGUGUACAGACUAUGACCUGGAUUAUGGAACUGAAUGUUUGCAUCUGGCUCUGAAAUACUGUAAAACAAAUGCCAAACUUGUUGAAGGAACACCUGACCUCUGGAAGGUGACCUACAAGCGGGAUCUGUAUGCAGCUGAAUCAAUCAUUAAGGACAACCUAUCACAACAAGUUUGUGUUAUCACCAGUGUGAAGGAAACUCUUGCACAAGUAGGUUUUCUCCUUCCUGAAUCUCUGAAAAGCCAAAUAAAAGUUGAAGCUAUUUCAAUAUCUCCAAGCAAAAAUGAUAGCUGUCUACAAAGCAUCAUUUCAGGACAGUGCUACAAUUUUGUUUGUGUAAAUGAUAAAAGGUGGGCCAUUCAAGAAACCCAGGAACUAGUGGAUAUGUUGGAAAAAUCAAAUAUUCCUCUCUUAUAUCCAGUUGUCCUUAUUUUGGUGCACUUGGAUAUUCCAGAAAAUAAUUCUUUCAGCAUUGGGAUGGAAGACCUAACUAUGAUCAAGAAAUUUGCAAGAGAAACUAAAAAGAAAAACAUUUUAGUUUAUGGUCUCCUUAUCCAAUAUAAGAGGCAUCAUUUAGCAGGACCCUUUGCUGCUUCAGGAGACAGUAAAUUCUGCUGCUGCUCUUAUCAUGGCAUUGAUAAAGGACAGAAACCCAGAACUUAUUGGCCAACUGUUGGUAGCAUAAGACCAUAAAUCAUGUGUAGCUUUUGGAAAUGUUAGCUUUCAUCAUCUGUUCACCAAAGGUCUUAAGUAAUUUUAUUCUUUGUUGAAAACUCUGGAUUUAUGCCAUUUAUUAUUAAGAUCAUUUAAUAGCAUAUUUUUGAUAUUUAAAGUACAAGUCUAAUAUUAUGUAUAAAGUGUAAAAGGAAAUACAAAUAAUUCUGAGAUACACUGGGUAUAUACUGUGAGGAAUGAUACUGAAAUGUUUUUCAAGGUACUGAUCAUUUCAAAGGUGCACAGAGGACACCAAAGCAUUCAUGCAAAAUGGUCUUUAAGUAUGUGUGCGUGUUGUACUUUAGGACUGCAUGAAUUAAGUUUUAUUUCAGAUAAAUUAAUCCUAAAGCACAGCUCAUCUACUUUAUGUGAAAUUAUUUUAAAAUUGCUGCUGUAACACCUAUUAGUGAAUGUAGAGUUCCUUACAGAGUGUGGCUUUCCUGCCAUAAAGAGAAAUGCAUAUUGCAGAAAGUAUUGGAAAGGUCAGGUACCUGUUCUCUGUGGAAUGAAGGUAACCUCAAAUCAAAGAAAAGAUACGCAUGGAUACAAGGAGGUGCUAAGCCCCAGUUUUCCGGAUGCAGUGUGCUCUGGCUGUAGCCUCUGUGGUGCUGCACUUCUUCCAGUGCCCAUGUGCCAUGGUUCAGAGCUCCUGUAGCUCCACUGAAAUAGGAAGAAUCUGUUAAUUAUUGCAUAAGAAUACAAUUCUUAUCUCUUGCUGGUUAGCAGAGGUAUGUAGUAAAUAGCAGCAAGGAGAGCAAGCAUUAUGAGUUCAGAGAUACUCUGCAUUGGUAGUCAAGUGUGGACCAUUGGGACAGCAAGAUGAAAUGGUGAAUGGUGAAUGGUUAUUAUGUGGAGUUUCUCCAGGUAUCACAACCACUAAGAGCAGUACAAGCAGUGUCCCUGAAAACAUGUGUCUUUCCCUAUGCAUUAAACCCAGGAAUUUUGUCUCUCCUGCAAUUUGUGAAGGGGUUAGGCUAGUGUUUUACAUAUUUGAUAUGGCUGGAAUAAAAUCUUGAAGAAGUACCCCCACCAGAAGAGUCCAGUGAGUCCCUGAUUCAGUCUAUCACUGUCAGUUCAGCAAGCUCCCCUCUAAAAACAGCAUCCUUCCCCUUACUCCCACCAUGUUCCUCUCCCUCUGGUGCUCAGACAAAGCUUAGGAUAACAAGCUCCCUGCUUGAUCCCUUUCCCUUCACAUGACUAUUUAUAUCUCUGAUUUAAAUCCCUUUUAGAAGCUGAUCUUGGUUCCAAACUUCUUCCAAAAUAAAAUAAAGACUUGUCAGCUGAUGGUUCUAUAUCCAAAGCAGACAUUUUCUUCCACACACAAGUCGUGCAAAGAUAACUAACAAAGUUCUUGUGCAUCAUCUGCUUUCUUCUUUGCUUCUUUCUUCUCUCUGCUUUGAUUAAUAAUUUGUCCUUUUCUGGCAUUGUACAACAUAAGCAUUCAUAUUAGCUCUGUGUAUGGCUAUACAAUAGGCAUAUUUUAUUCAUACAGAUAUUCAUGUCUGUUCAUACGCAGAGCACACAAAUAAAUGAAGAACUAAAGAAUUUAUUACUGGUAUUCAUAAUUUAACAGGACAGCUCUCACAAAUAAGUUUUCUGAAUGUGCUUUUACAUUAAUAAAUUUGAUGAAGGAA